GGCCGCCAUUCGUGUGCGCGCCGCCGACCACGUCGUGCCUCCGCCGCCCUGACCGCAACCGUUGCUCAUUUCAAAUUUCAAUAUUCGGUUAGUGCCUGCGUAACGAACUUUUAAAGGAUUUCUCUGUGCACGUGUGAUUUCUGUGGUGCUUCUUCGACAGAUGUCAGUCAGCACCUUGGGUAAUGGAUAGCCACAGUCGCUCCGCGUCGCCCGGCGCGCCGGCGCGGCCGCAGCAUCGGCCGCCGUCACCGCCGACGCCGCCCGCCGCCGGCGUCGACAACAGCGCCUUCCAGCCCGACGACCCCAACCACAACGACUCCUUCGCCUCCAACCACACGCACCAGAAUGGCCACACCAAGGAACUGAACGGCGACACGAAAACAUUAGAGGCGGUCAACUUGGAACUCAUCAAUUUGCAACCUAGAAAUGGAAACACAAAAAAGAAAGAUGUUGAAGUAGACAUGAAUGUAACGAACCCAUAUGAUGAAUAUUUUGUACCAGUCAACGAGCACAGGAAGUAUAUGAGAGGGGAGAAGCUGUACGUGACAGCGGACAAGCGUGGCGAGAAGGGCGGCUGCAAGCGGCCGCUCUGCUGGACGCUGCUCGGGCUUGUAGUGGCUGCCGUCGUGGCGCUCAUCGCGCUCGCCGCCACUGGUGUUUUAUUUACUAAUUCCCCGACACCGGUGGAACAGUACAACGCGUCCGUCAGCUCAGCACGGGCGCUCGGCGGCAUUGGGCACGCGUCCCACCGCGACCACGACCAUCACCACAAUCACGGUCACGACCACGAUCACGCACACCACGACGACCAAACUCUGGACGCAGAAAAUCCUGACGAUCCCCAACAAGUUGGCCACAGUCACGAUGAGACAACGACUCACGGAAGUGAUGAAGAAUACGACCAACCCGAAGUCGAAAAUAAUAAUGAUUUUUCAAUGUAUGUGCCUAAAGUAAUAGAGGGCGAAUUAAAACUAGACAGCGAAGAAAUCCCAGCUGCGCUUUACGAUCCUGGAAGUAACGAAUAUAAACAAUUUACAGAAGAUUUUACGCAAGCACUUAAAGAAGCCCUAUUAGGGGUAGACUCGAUGAACGACGGCAACGACGACAUUGUAAUAGAAUUUAUGAUGCUCAGGAAAGAGUCGGGCAUCAUAAUGUACAGAAUACAUUGGAAAUCAGCGCUUAAUAACGAGCCAAACAAUGAGUUAGGCCCUAAUGAACUGAAGGCUGACUUGGAAAAAUAUCUGGUUAGACACAAUAGGAUGAUAAACCUUUAUCAUGUCGCUAAAGACGGAAUAAAAGCGAGGCGAGUUCUGAAUCUCUGUCAAAUCAAUAAAAAUAAUUGUGAAUACGGCUGCGAGUUCGAUGAAAGUACCUUAGAUUUUACAUGCACCUGUCCCCAAAAUCAAAUGCUAGAUAUCACAAACCCUCACAGGUGUAUAUCAACCGAUGAACCAAAUUUGUCGGAUGACGAAACUCAUAAACCAAAUAACGCUUUCGCAAAUUCGGAUUCAGACCACACCACAACUAACAUCAACAUCGAAACUAAUAUACAUAACACACGCCAUUCAGAUGGCAAUGUUUUCGACUGGAAAGAAACUCAUACUGUGAUGUUAGAAACUACCACCGCCACAGAUCCAGAUCUUAAGUUUUCGCACAUAUUUGGCCGUGAAAACAAUGCUGAGGAUGAACAAAUCACUGCGAAUAUGGAUUCAAGUACUGAAAAUAAAGACACAAGUAAACCUGCCAGCCAAGCAGAGCACGAACCUUCAGCAGUACCAGAACCAGAACCCACAUCCGAACCAGAACCUACUUCUGAACCAUCGCCUGAACCAUCUUCUGAACCAUCGCCUGAACCAUCGCCUGAACCAUCGCCUGAACCAUCGCCUGAACCAUCGCCUGAACCAUCGCCUGAACCAUCGCCUGAACCAUCUUCUGAACCGUCGCCUGAACCAUCGCCUGAACCAUCGUCAGAGCCAGAAGCGGAACAAUCUUCGGAAUCCGAAUCCGAAUCUUCUGAACCAGAGGCUAAUCAACAUUUGGAAGUGAGCCCUAAACUUAUGGCAGAACCAGAACCUGAGCCGACUUCGGUACCGGAACCGGAAUCUUCCUCUGAACAAGCAUCUCAAACAAAAUCUGAAAUUGCACCCAAACCUACGACGGAACCGGAACCGGAAGUUUCUUCCCAGCCAAAACUUUCAAAAACAGAGGGAAGCCUUGAGCCCAAAGCAGUGGUAGAACUUGAAACUUCUCCAGUCUCAGAACUAAAUAAGACUUCAUUAUAUUUCGAAGAAGACUAUACCUCUGAACUAAGAACAACACCAGAACCAAUUGCAGUACCUAAACCAGAUCUCGAAGUAAAAAUAGACACGGGACUAGUUUCUAAACCAAAAGAUGAACAUGAAACAGUAAAAGACAGUAAUGACAGUAUGAAUGAUCUCACAACAGAAUCUAAGAUAGUUUCAAAUUCUAUAACUGAACCAAACCAUAUCGUAAAGCAGGGACAAGGUGAAGAAUCAGAAGCAAAAGAAGAAAGUGUAACUAAGUCCACAAUGCUAAUAUUAAAUUAUACUUCAAUAGUUGAAUCUAAGCCAGCACCACAAUACGAAACUACGACAAAGGAAAAUACAGAAGAAAUAGCGACUGAAUUAAUAUUUAACCCUAAUUUGAUAUAUGAAUCUAAAGCAAAAUUAAAUACGGUGGAAAGUAGCACAGAAAACAAUUUUGAAAAGGAAUCUGAAACAGAACGGACAAAAAACGGUGGAAAAAACUUGUCUGAUGAAUCCACAGAUGUCACAAACGUGAUGUUAUCCCCUAUCAACGUUUUAGGAGAAGUUAAAAUAAAUGACUAUGAUAAAAACGUUGUUACAACAACAGAACCAUCGUUAGAAACGAAUUCAGAACUAUCCAUUUUGAAACAGAACAAACCACAAGAAAAUAACUUACAUUUAAUAAGUUCCAACGGUGACAAUGAUUGGCUUCAGUAUGAUAAGAUCAUAACCACGACUGAAAAUGAUAAUUUGAAGGAUGAUGAGACUAAAAAGAUACAUUUGACUGACCUAGGUGCAACCGACCGUCCUAAUGCAACCGACGACGAACUGUCAUUCGAAUACAUUGCAAAGAAUAACGAAGUUCCAAGCGAAAUGGGUGAAGAGGAAACAAAAACUACAAUAGCCCCUGCAGUGCACGCUGAUAGUGAAAAUACCGCAGAUUUUAAUACAAACCAACUGUCGACUAACCAAGUUUAUAGUAUAUCUGAAAGUGAAAAUCGGGCCGAAACACAGGACGUCCAAUUAGAGCCUCCAAAAAACGAGGAAAUGAUAGAAAAAAAGCAUUUGAUGGAAUCUCUUGACACAAAAGCUACACAUGAUUCUCAGACUAACGGAGAAGAACCAACAAACGAACCUUCCGAUAUUUCUUUUGAUUAUAUCAUUAACAGUUCAUCAAAGUCUAUUGAAGAACAAAAUAGUACAGUUACAGAACAUGUGACCUCAAAAGCAACUGUUGAACAAAGUACUACUACAAACGAUUCUGAUUGGGUACGUGUAACAGUAUCUGAAAUCAAUUAUGCAAAAACGUUCAGCAAAAUCCCGGAAGAUGCCGAAACUACAACGGUCAACGAAUUAGAAGAUGUAAUCAAUCCUGGGAUGUCAAACGAAGAUUUUGAACCAGAUUAUUUGAACAAUAUGGAUAAAACUACUACUAAAGCACCAGAUCAGUUUGUACCAAUGUAUAUUUCUCAUGAUUAUGACAAUGAAGAAUUACGCGUGAAACGAGUUAACUUAGAAGCAAAAAAUAACACAAAUCUUCUGGUUACCAAGGAACCGACGGAAACUUCAAUAACGAGCGACCGUAGUGAAACCACCACUGUUAGUGACUACAUUUAUAGAACAACUGAGGAAUCUUUCUUAAGUAACAGUGCCGACAUAACAAGUACUCCGAAAGAUAUAAACAAAACUGAACCCGCUCCCGUGUGGGAGGAAUCCGAAAAUGGCAUACACUUACUUAACAUAGAAUCUACCGAAAAUAAUACGUUACGGACCAUUAAUCAGACACAUAUGAACGCAAGUACAGAACGUAUACCAGACAACACAACGCCCGUAAACAAUUUCAAUGUUACGAUAUAUGAAAUAUCAGCCCUUGACAAUAACACAUUCCCUACGACAAAACACAUGAACUCCCAUUCUUCGGAAUAUGAUGACCAUGAAACAGAAAUGAACCCAUUUUUACCAGAAAUAGAAAAUAAUAAAAGUCUCGUCAAAAAACUACAAGAAGGGCACGAUUUAGAGCCGACUAACCUUAACGACAAACAAAAUGAGAACAAUGAUGAUCAUUCUAUACCAACUGAACGCCAAACAGGUGCAAAAAGCAAUUCUAGCGAGAACCCAAAUGUAAUAAAUAAUUAUUACACAACUAUCGCACCUGAAGUAAUGUUCGCCAAUAGUAAAAAUGAACAUUUAAAUACUAGUAACACUUCAGACGUUACAAAUAACACCAAUCUUAGCCAUAAAAGUGUAUUUGAGAAAUCAGGGAGCCAAAACGAGGAUAUUCAACCCAUUUCAACAUUCCUAAUUGAUACUGAAGACUUAGGCAAGGAACGCACUACGGUUUCUAAUCCUAUCAUGGUAAAAAAUAUUUUAGAAAAUGAUGCGUCUAAUCCAGCAUCUGCAGAUGUAACACAAACAUUAAGCAGAAAAAAAUAUACAGAUGACAGCACUAACAUGGAAUUAUUAAGUGUUCUUCCUCUUCAUAAUGAAACUAAAGUGCCUGAGAAAAACUUUAAAAGUGAAAAUAUACUGGAACUUAAUGACAUAAGGACAUUAGAUUUAACCAAAUAGAAUGACAUGCUCACGUACGCAAUAUAA